ACCUGUAGAUCAGCUGCAGACACCUCUGCCUUCACCCCCAGGCAUUCAGGGAGGAGUGACAACAAUCACGGAAGUCCCAACUUAUCUGGAACUCUAAAGAAUGGGAACUGCAACUUCGCAAGAUUAGAAAAUCGAAAAACAUUGGAAAAGGAAAGUGUCAGGUCAUUAGACAGGUGUGUGGGCAGGACCCUGCCCACCUGUGCCCAGGUACACAUAGGGAUGGUCCGGGGCACCGCAGACAUUCCUAGGGGAAGGAUAGGGCAGCGAGGAAUGUAACCGUUCAUGUCCCAUGGAGAUCACAAAGAUUUCAAAGCUAUGAAAGAGCAACUAAACCAUUGUCAGUGAAGGUGCAAGGCUUAGACUGAUACUUCUCUGGAAAAGGGACUUAUCAGGAAUUACAGGAUACCUGAGGACCGUGACAGCAAGAUGCAGGAACCUGGAACUCCCUGGCGAGAGAACCUUCUCCUGGAUCCAUUAGCCCAUGUCGAAUUGAAAUGGGACUUUGUGCUGGUAUGCGAUCAGAAGUCUUUCGAUAGUGUGGAGGAGGAGAAGAGGCGGAAGUACAUGUCCAAACUGGAAAUGAGGCGCUUUAAGAUAAAGAAAAGUAGAGAUGGAAACAAGAUCUUUUAUGGUAUCAGGGCACCUCCAGACAUCUUUAGGAAAUAUGUCCGAUUACUGAAGAACCCAGAUCAAGGCACCCAGAACCUGAAUACUGAACAUGUCUCUGAAACCAGCAGAAUUCGCAUUGUAUAUUUUAUUCUACACAAAACCAGCAUUGAAACCAAAGGCCAGAGCGAAACUCUUGAUGACUUGAUAAAGAGUGGCGUUUUUGAGACCGCUUUCCCACUUCACUCUCUGGAAGAGGCUCUCGGCAAGCAGUUGAAGCAAAAGUGGGCAAGAUGGCGGGAUGUCAUCUAUAUACAGCCUGUGAAAGAGAUCAGAGAAUAUUUUGGAGAGAAGGUGGCCCUCUACUUUGCAUGGCUUGGAUGGUACACCCUCAUGCUUUUUCCCGCAGCUCUUGUUGGAAUGGCGGUAUUUUUUUAUGGAUUUAUGCAUUUCAAUAGCAGCCAAAUAAGCCAGGAGAUCUGCAAAGCAAACACAACCUUGAUGUGUCCGCUCUGUGAUCAAAAUUGCCCCUACUGGCCCUUGUCAGAUACCUGCACAUAUGCAAAGGUGACACAUUUAUUUGACAAUGAAGGCACAGUAUUCUUUGCAAUGUUUAUGGCAGUCUGGGCUACUGUGUUCUUAGAACUGUGGAAGAGGCAGAGGGCAAGAGAUGUCUUCUGGUGGAACCUGUACAGCUGGGAUGAGGAUGAGGAGGAGCUUGCGCUGGAGCUGAUUAAUAAUCCAGAUUGUCAGAUCCAAAAACACCAACAUUCUUACCUGCGCUCCACUUUGGUAUUACUGGGAGUGGCUGUUAUGAUUGCCAUAUUAAUUGGUAUAGCACAGGCACUGGUUGUGUACCGUGUGGUGGUGACUGUGGCCUUUAUGCGAUCUUCUUGGGACUUACUUAAGGAACAUGCUACUACAGCGGCAGUUAUGUCUGGAGCUGUACUUCAUUACCUUACCAUUGUCAUCAUGACCAAGGUGAAUCGUAUUGUGUCUACUUAUUUGUGUAAUCUGGAGAAACCACGGACCUUUACAGAGAGAGAAAACAGCUUCACCUCCAAAGUGUUCACAUUUCAGUUUGUUACUCACUUUUCAUCUCUCUUCUAUGUGGCGUUCUUCUUAGGAAGAAUAAAUGGCCACCCAGGAAACUAUGUGCGUAUUGCAGGGCACUGGAGACUGGAGGAAUGUCACCCGAGUGGCUGCAUCACUGACCUGUUCAUACAGAUGUCUAUCAUCAUGGUUCUGAAACAGACCCUUAGUAACUGUGUGGAAUUUCUGUCCCCAUUCAUAUGUUACAAGCUGCGUAAGAUGAAGGAUCGAAAAAGCAGGGUGCAUAGUGAAGAGGGCGCCGAGGACCGUACAAUGGAGACCUGGAAAGACAAUUACAGAUUGGGCAAAGUUCACAUCUUCAGUCUCUUUGACGAAUUUCUAGAAAUGGUCAUUCAGUAUAGUUUUACAACAAUCUUUGUGGCUGCAUUCCCUCUUGCUCCUCUCCUUGCCUUCAUCAACAAUAUGUUGGAGAUCCGCUUAGAUGCCAUCAAAAUGACCCGUUUACAGCGUAGACUGGUACCAAGGAAAGCAAAUGAUAUUGGUAUCUGGCUGCAGGUCCUUGAAGGAGUUGGAGUUCUGGCUGUUAUUACUAAUGGUCUAAUUAUUGCCAUCACAUCUGACUUCAUUCCUCGGCUCGUAUACAAAUACAAAUAUGGACCUUGCGCAAACAACGACACAGAAAUUGAUUGUCUCACAGGAUACAUUAAUCAGAGUCUGUCGACCUUUCAUACGAAUGACUUUGAGAAGCUGACCCAAGUCUCAUCAUUGGUGUACCCAAAUACCACUGUGUGCAGGUACCGCGAUUAUCGUACAGCCGAUGAAGAAUACAAUUACUCUGUACAGUUCUAUCAUAUCUUUGCUGCUAGACUUGUGUUUGUCAUUGUAUUUGAGCAUGUGGCAGUAUGCAUAAAAUUCAUUGCUGCCUGGUUUGUACCCGACGUGCCUCAGGCUGUGAAGAACAAAAGUCUAGAGCAGAAACAUGAACAUCUUCUGAAAGAGCUUGGAGAGAUGCCAGAAGAAAAUGAUGAGUUAUCCCAUGACAGCUCCCCCCACCCCUACAGAAACCUGCUAGAUGACCUCAGCAUGAUAGAACGUUCAACAGAGGUGUGAGUAUUGCCAAACCUUGGGGAUAACAGAGGAUUCCAUUGUCGAUGUUCUUCAUCAAGCCUCAGUGGUAAUAGAAGAUGUCACUGGACUUGCCACCAAACCUCAGGGGAUAAGAAGAUGUGUCAUUAUUAAUACCACCAAGAAGAUGUAUAAUCGGGAGUAGCAUAGAGAGACUGUGAAGUUUAACCAAAUAUGAUUUGGUAAUGUGUAAAUAUUCUUUUAUAAUAAAACGGUCCUUUUUAAAAA